CACAGAAAGCCAUGGAAAGGUUUUCACUUGUGAACUACUGUUUAGGACUUCUGGGCGUGCUGGUUCUGCAGGGGCUGAUCACUGUGGAGGGGAGGAACAUUUUUAAUGCAGGAAACCAGAUUUUUAAUCCAGACGAUGUGACCCAAAGCAAGAUUCUUGAGCUGUUACUACCAAAAAAUGAGGUUCCUAUUGAAAAGAACAGUCUUGUGGAUGUGGAGUUGGCCAAUAAAUUUGCUGAUCUCAAGGAACUGCUGACUCUGAAGGAGGAAUUGGAGCUUGAGAGGACGAUUGCUAAAAUGGCAGAAGGCAAAUCCUUAACUAAUAAACGGGGUGAACCUUGCUUCUGGAAGUAUUGUGUCUGAUCUGGAUGUAAAAGACUGAGGAUCACUGUGG